GUUCUCCUCGAAGUGUUUGGUUCUCCCUUCAUGCGGAGCGUCAACGUGGUCGUGGCCCUUCUCUUCGGCUACUUCGUGGCCGCCGUCUCUGAAAACAACGGCAACGACUACGUCGUCAGCGACAAGAUCGACGCCGGUGUGUGCAUGCGUGGGGACAAAACCUCGCACAUCAUGGAAUUUUUUCUCGUGAACAAGGCGUACAGUAGAUGUGAUGACGUCGGGGGGUGGGGUGUGCGGUGGAACUCGUUCGCCGCUCGCCGUUCCACAACACAAAUACCCAUGGGGGAGAUAUCGCGCAUCACGUUCCUGUGGGUGUUCACGUACCCGCUGUCGGUGUACCCGCCCCUCAUCCUUCCCACCAUACUUGCCUUCAUCGUGACGACCGUCGAGACGAUCGGUGACGUCACCACCACGGCUGAGGUGUCCAGGCUCAACGUCGACUCCGAGGAGCACUUCCAGAGGAUCCGCGGGGGUCUUCUUGGCGACGGAAUCUCCAGCUUCCUCGCCGCCCUCGCCACCAGCAUGCCCAACACCACCUUCUCCCAGAACAACGGGGUUAUCGCCCUCACGCGGUGCGCUUCCCGCCGGGCCGGUCUUGCCUGCGCCUGCUGGCUGAUCGUCUUCGGUAUCCUCGCCAAGAUCGCGGCGUUCUUCACGUCCAUCCCGGACUGCGUGCUGGGCGGCAUGACGACCUUCCUCUUCGCCAACGUCGCGGUAUCGGGGAUCAAGAUCCUCUCCUCCACGGGGGACUCCCGCCGUAGCCGCUUCAUCGUGGCCUGCUCCAUGGGUCUCGGGCUGGGCGUGACGAUCGCCCCGGCCUGGGCCACCAACAACCUCUGGCCGUGUUCCGACUGCGGGGAGGGACUCCGGUCCUUCCGCGACGGCGUGAUCCUGGUGCUGAGCACCGGGUACAGCAUGGGGUGCGCGGCCGCCAUCAUCCUCAACCAAAUCAUCCCCAACGAGGCCAUGGAGGAAGAGCUGCCCGUCACGAAGGCCAUCUUGGAGUAAGAGGAGGGCGCCGAAUAGGUCGCGCCCAU